AUGCAGCCUGGAACCAGUGCCCCGGGCGUCAGGGCGGCCCAGCUGAGCUCGUCGAGGCCCCGAGGCCGCCCGACUCGGAGAGCGGCGCCUGGGACGGGUCCCGAGCGCGGCCGCCUGGCUAGGGACCCUCAGUCCUGCGGCACCCUGCUCCGGGCCGGCCGGGGACCUCAGAUCUUCCUCCUGAUUGGCCAUGUUUUAGACAGGCCCGCCCCCAACGUUAUGCACGGCUCCACCUCCUUUCGCAUCCUAAACUUGACCUUGCGCCUCCUAGUGGCACCGCCCUUAACUAUCUCUAACAAGGAGCUGUCCGAGCUGAUAGACCAGCUGCAGAAAAAUGCUGACCAGGUGGAGAAGAACAUCGUGGACACGGAGGCCAAGAUGCAAAGUGACCUGGCCCGGAUCCAGGAGGGCCAGCCGGCCGAGCACCAGGAAGUGGCCCUGCAGAAGGUGUCCGACUCAGAAAAGCUGCUGUACGUGCUCGAGGCAGACGCGGCCAUCGCCAAGCACAUGAGGCACCCUCAGGGGGACAUGAUCGCCGAGGACAUUCGGCAGCUUCGGGAGCGUGUGACCAACCUGCGCGGGAAACACAAGCAGAUCUACAACUUGGCCAUGAAGGAAGUGGACCCAAAGAUGAACUGGAUGGCCGUGGUGGACGAGAAGCUGGACAAGCUGAGCAGCCAGAGCUUUGAGACGGAGCUGCCGCUGGUGGAUCAGCAGGUGGAGCAGCACAAUAUCUUCCACAACGAGGUCAAGGCCAUCGGCCCCCACCUCGCCAAGGAUGGGGACAAGGAACACAGCAGCGAGUUGCAGGCCAAGUACCAGAAACUGCUGGCUUUGUCGCAGGCGCGCCAGCAGCACCUGAGCUCCCUGCAGGACUACAUGCAGCGGUGCACCAACGAGCUGUACUGGCUGGAUCAGCAGGCCAGGGGCCGCAUGCAGUACGACUGGAGCGAUCGGAACCUUGACUACCCCAGCCGUCGGCGCCAGUAUGAGAACUUCAUCAACCGGAACCUGGAGGCCAAGGAAGAGAGGAUCAACAGGCUGCACAGCGAGGGCGACCAGCUGCUGGCGGCCGAGCACCCUGGGAGGAACUCCAUCGAGGCACACAUGGAGGCCGUGCACGCAGACUGGAAGGAGUACCUGAACCUGCUCAUCUGCGAGGAGAGCCACCUCAAGUACAUGGAGGACUUCCACCAGUUCCACAAAGACCUGAAGGACGCUCAGGAGCUGCUGCAGAAAGUAGACUCAGAUCUGAAUCAGAAAUACAGCCCCGACUUCAAGGACCGGUACCAGAUCGAGAUGCUGCUGCGGGAGUUGGACGACCAGGAGAAGGCGCUGGACAAGUAUGAGGACGUGGUGCGGGGCCUGCAGCGACGAGGGCAGCAGGUUGUGCCCCUCAAGUACCGGCGGGAGACGCCACUCAAGCCCAUCCCGGUGGAGGCACUCUGUGACUUCGAGUGUGACGAGGGCCCCAUCUCGCGUGGCUAUAGCUACACCCUGCAGAAGAACAAUGGCGAUGGCUGGGAGCUCACGGACAGUGCCGGCAACAAGCUGACCGCCCCGGCCAUCUGCUUCCUGAUCCCCCCCACCGACCCCGAGGCCCUGGCUCUGGCUGACAGUCUGGGUGGCCAGUACCGGAGCGUGCGGCAGAAGGUGGCUGGGAGCAAGAGUGCGCUCCAGCAGCGGUACGAGGUGCUGAAGGCCGAGAACCCUGGAGACGCCUCUGACCUGCAGGGGCGGCAGCUGCUGGCUGGCUUGGACAAGGUGUCCCGAGACCUGGAGCGGCAGGAGAAGGCCAUCACAGGCCUCCUCCGGCCACCACUGGAGCAGGGCCGGGCUGUGCAGGACAGUGCUGAGCGGGCCAAGGACCUCCAGAGCUUCUCCAGCGGGCUGCUGCGCAUCCAGCCUGAGCUGACGCGGAGCGUGGCCGAGGGUGAGGCCUUCAUCCAGGCCAUCCCGGGCGGUGGCAGCGCACCCCUGCUGAGGACCCGCAUGGACGACACCAAGGCCAAAUACGAGCACCUGGCCCAGCUGCUGGACGCGGCCCAGGAGAAGAUGGAGGUGGCCAGCCGCCUGGAGAAGAGUCUGCAGCAGGGCCGGGAGCUGCUGGCUGAGUAUGAGCGCCGGCUGACCCAGGACGACGCCGUGCCUGAGAAUGCCCGCGCCCUGGACGACAAGAGGCAGGAGCUGGCCGCCCUGGGCUCCGAGCUGCAGGACAAGAAGCCCCUCCUGGCCGAGGCCGAGGGGAACCUGCAGGCAGCCAAGCAGUGCUCAGGCACGCUGGCCAGCCGCUUUCAGGAGCACUGCCCAGACCUGGAGCGCCAGGAGGUCGAGGUCCACAAGCUUGGCCAGCGCUUUGACCACCUGCAGUCACAGAUCGACCGCAGGACCCAAAGCCUGCAGAGUGCCCAGGCUGCGUACGAGGACUACCGCCGUGGCCAUGACCACGUGCUCCAGUUCCUGUCCAACACCCCCAGCUACGAGCCCCAGGAGACAGACAGCCUUGGCCAGGUGGAGAUCAAGCUCAAGAACCAGAAGAACCUGCUGGAUGAGAUUGCCAACAGGGGGCAGCAAGUGCAGGAGGUCUGUGCCAGCUCCCAGCGUUACCAGCAGGCAGUGAAGGACUACGAGCUCGAGGCUGAGAAACUCCGGUCCCUCCUUGACCUGGAGAGUGGACGGAAUGGCCACGCCAACAAGAGGGCCCGGCUGCAGUGCCCGGCUGCCAGAGUCAAGGAAGAGGAAGCCACGCUCACAGCCAAGUUCACAGAGGUCAGCGCUGUCAACAGGCAGAGGCUACAGAACCUAGAGUUUGCGCUCAGCCUCCUGAGACAGCAGCCGGAAGUGGAAGUGUCCCGCGAGGCCCUGCAGGGGAGCGCGCAGGCGCCGGGGUUGCAGGAGACGUGGAAGAUCAGGAAGGCACUGGACGAGGAGACACAGCGGCGGCGGCAGCUGGAGGACGAGGUGCAGAGUGCCCAGGAGGAGAUCCGGAGCCUGCAGGCCCGCGAGCCACAGGAGGCUGUGGUAUGUCAGGAGGUGCGCAAGAAGGUGCCUGACCCCGCGCUGGAGGAGAGCUUCCGGCAGACGCAGCGGAUGCUGGCCGAGGAGCAGCACAAGAACCGGCUGCUGCAGGAGGAGCUGGAGGUGCUGCAGGCGCGGCUGCGGGCGCUGGAGCGCGACACGGGGGCCGGCGGGGGGCAGGAGUAUGUGGUCAAGGAGGUGCUGCGCAUCGAGCCCGACCGGGCCCAGGAGGACGAGGUCCUGCGCCUGCGAGAGGAGCUGGAGGAGCUGCGCCGGCAGAAGGGCACCCGCGAGGCCGAGGUGGCCCUGCUGCGGCAGCGCAUCGCCGCCCUGGCCGAGGAGAAGAGCCGGGCGCGGGAGGUGGUCAGCGAGAGGGAGAUGGUGACGCUGCACAACGACCCACAGCUGGAAGCGGAAUUCCGGCAGCUGCAGGAGCAGCGGCAGCGCGAAGGCCGGCAGCGCAAGACGCAGGAAGAGGAGCUGAGCUUCCUGCAGGACAAGCUGAGGCGGCUGGAGAAGGAGCGGGCCAUGGCCGAGGGCAAGAUCACCGUCAAGGAGGUGCUCAAGGUGGAGAAGGACGUGGCCGCCGAGAGGGAGGUCAGCGACCUCAAGCGCCAGUAUGAGGAUGAGGCUGACAGGGCGCACGCCCGCCAACGGGAGAAGACAGAGCUGCUGCGCCGGAUCUGGGCCCUGGAGGAGGAGAACGCCAAGGUGGUGGUGCAGGAGAAGGUGCGCGAGAUCGUGCGGCCGGACCCCCAGGCCGAGAGCCAGGUGGCCGACCUGCGCCUGGAGCUCGUGGAGCAGGAGCGCAAGUUCCGAGGCGCCGAGGAGCAACUGCAGAGCUACAAGGGAGAGUUGGCGGCGCUGCGGCAGCGAGGCCCCCAGGUAGAGGUCAAGGAGGUGACCAAGGAGGUGAUCAGGUACAAGACAGACCCCGAGGUGGAGCGGGAGCUGCAGAGGCUGCGCGAAGAGAUCGUGGAGAAGACGCGGCUCAUCGAGCGGUGUGACCUGGAGAUCUACCAGCUGAAGCAGGAGAUCCAGGCCCUCAAGGACGCCAAGCCCCAGGUCCAGACCAAAGAGGUGGUCCAGGAGAUCCUGCAGCUCCAGGAGGACCCGCAGACCAAGGAGGAGGUGGAGUCCUUGCGGGCCACGCUGGCGGAGGAGCACAAGAAGCAGGUGGACUUGGAGAGGGAGCAGGCGGCGCAGGCGGCAGAGAUCGCACGCCAGGAGGAGGAGCUCUCUCGCGUGCGCGAGAAGGUAGUGCGGCAGGAGGUGGUGCAGUUCGAGGAGGAGCCGGGCCUGCGCGCCGAGGUGAACUCCUUCAGCCAGAGCAUCGACAUGGAGCUGCGGCAGAUCGACACCCUGAGCGGGGAGCUGCGGCGCCUGCAGCGGCGGCGCAGCGAGCUAGAGCGGCAGCUGGAGGAGCUGGAGCGUGAGCGGCAGGCACGGCGGGAGGCCGAGCUGGAGGUGCAGCGCCUGAAGCAGCGGCUGGCCGGCCUGGAACAGGAGGAGAACGAGGCCCGGGAGAAGGUGACCCGCAAGCAGAAGGUGGUCCUGCAGCAGGACCCCCAGCAGGCCCGCGAGCACGCCCUGCUGCAGGCCCAGCUGGACGAGGAGCGGCACCGACGGCAGGUGAUGGAGAGCGAGCUGGAGACCCUGCGCCGCAAGCUGCUCGGCCUAGAGAAGAUGGAGGUCAAGGAGAAAGUGGUUUUCUCCGAGAGCGUGCAGGUGGACAAAGGCGAUACAGAGCAUGAGAUCCAGAAGCUCAGGGGCAGCCUGGAGGAGGAGAGCCGGGGCAAGCGGGAGCUGGACGCUGAGGUCAGCCGGCUGGAGGCCAAGCUGUCCGAGCUGGAGUUCCACAACUCCAAGUCGUCCAAGGAGCUAGACUUCCUGCGGGAGGAGAACCACCGCCUCCUGCUGGAGCGGCAGAACCUGCAGCUGGAGGCCAGGAGGCUGCAGGCUGAGAUCGAGAGGGCAGCGGUGGAGACCCGGGGAGACCCGGGAGGUGUGGUGGCAGUGGACGCCGGCCCGAGCCUGGACUCCAGGCUGUGGUCCCUGGAGCGGGAGCUGGAGGAGCUGAAGAGGCUGUCCAAGGACAAGGAUGUGGAGAUUGACGAGCUGCAGCGGCGCCUGGGCAAUGUGGCAGUCAAGCGGGAACAGCGGGAGAACCACCUGCGUCGCUCCAUUGUGGUCAUCGACCCCGACACAGGCCGAGAGCUGUCACCUGAGGAGGCUCGGCGGGCAGGCCUCAUCGACUGGAGCAUGUUCGUCAAGCUGCGCAACCAGGAGUGCGACUGGGAGGAGAUUUCGGUCAAGGGCCCCAACGGGGAGUCCUCCGUCAUCCAUGACCGCAAGUCUGGCCGCAAGUUCUCCAUUGAGGAAGCCCUCAGAUGUGGCCGCCUGAGCAAUGACCAGUAUGAGCGCUACAUCAACAAGGACAUGUCCAUCCAGGAGCUGGCUGUCCUGGUGUCUGGCCAGAAGUAGGCCUUGUGUACCACCCAGAGCAUCUUCUUUAUGCAGAGCCCACACCUAUGCUCAGGCUGCUCUGUCACUGACCUGGGUUGCCCUGUAUGACCCAGCCUAGCUGGGGUGUGUCUCCCUCCCCACACUCACCCCCACACUUUUGCCUUUUCCCUACCCACUCCUCCAACACACUACCCAAGUGUGAUGCCCAGAAAGAAGCCAAAACCCACCAGAGCCCCAACAUGGGCUCCAAGUGUCUAAAUACCCAUUCCUUCCCCAGGGGACGUGGCCCAUGGGUCGGGGGACAAGGCAGCUUCUUCAUGGGUGGUAGGAGCACCAGCCCCAAGGACCCUUUCUGGUUCACUGUGAGAAAGCAGGCAGGUAGCUCUGAUGCAGAAUAAACACCUGGUGGCUCGGG